GGCGGCGGCGGCGGCGGCGGAGGCGGUGAGCGCGGGCGGCGCGGACGGCGGCGGUUGGCGGGCGGGUCCUCCGCAGUUGGGCCGCCGCGGCCUCCUUGCCCUGAUUCGGGGUCCCGCUCUAGGGAACGCCUGGGGCCGGGGCACACGCCGUCAGACCUUGGAGUACUUUGUGCCAAAGCAUUGCCGCGUGCCACACGCGUGUAAAUGAUGGCGGAUGCCAAGUAUGUCCUCUGCCGAUGGGAAAAGCGAUUAUGGCCUGCAAAGGUUUUGGCCCGAACCAAGACUUCAACAAAAAAUAGGAGAAAAAAGGAAUAUUUUCUUGACGUUCAAAUCCUCUCCCUAGAGGAAAAAAUUCAGGUGAAAAGCACGGAAGUUGAGAUCCUAGAGAAGUCUCACAUCGAAGCCAUUGCCUGCUCCUUAGCCUCACAGAAUGAGGUUCCCGCGGCACCCCUGGAAGAGCUGGCCUACAGACGGUCACUUCGCGUGGCUCUGGAUGUUCUGAGCGAGGGGCUUGUGUGGAGUCGGGAAAGCUCCACAGACACGGGUAGAGCUGAGCGGUCUCCGAGAGCGAAGCCCAUGGAACCCGCCUCCUCGCCUUGUGAUUCCAGCUCCUCAUCUCCUCCCGGCGGAGGUGCGCUGGGCAGUUCCGGACCUCACAGAAGGAGGGAAUGUGUGCAGCAAAGCCUGUCAAGGACUUGUGAAAAGGACUCCAAGUGCAAAGUGGACCACAAGAAAGGACUCAGGAAAAGUGACAACCCUAGAGGCCCAUCGGUCCUCUCAGCUGGAGGUGGUUCCCAGGAUGGGAGCCAGUCCAGAAUCCACCACAAAAGUUGGACUCUCACAAGUAAGAGGGGAAGAAACUCAGCACAGAAGUCCAGCUUGUGCCCCAGUGGAUCUGCCCUUUCAGAGAGUGAUGCGGAGGAAGACAGCGGGAGCAAGGCAGGCCUCUGGGCAGCUCCGUCCUCGCCCUCCUGGGUCAGGGGAGACGAUCCCUGUGCCAGUGCCGACGGACGCAACCCGGUUCUGCCGUCGGGCAGCCUCACUGUGUCCCCUGCCUGCUUGGGGCCUGGCGGAUGCCCUGCGAAGAAGAGGCUGCGCUUGGAUGGCAGCCAGAAGCUGCCUGCCGUGCAGCUGGAGCCCAGGGCCGCGGGGGCUGCACCGUCCCCUGGGCCAGAGGUGGGGCCCAGGGAGUCCAUGACCCUGCGAAGCACUGCCAGUCUACGCUCGCCUCCCUCCCACGCCCCUGUGGAUGAAACCAGACGUCCUCGGCCGGAUUCCCAGAAGCAGGAGGAAGACUGCCAGUCUUCCGAAGAGUCGGUGAGGUCCAGUUCCAUGCCCUGUAUACUGGAGGAAGACGAGGAAGACGAGGAGCCGCCGAGAAUCCUUUUAUACCACGAACCACGGUCGUUUGAAGUGGGAAUGCUAGUCUGGCUUAAGUAUCAGAAAUACCCCUUCUGGCCAGCAGUGGUCAAAAGCGUCCGGCGGAGAGAUAAGAAAGCGAGCGUCCUGUUCAUCGAAGGGGACAUGAACCCGAAGGGGAAAGGGAUCACAGUGUCCCUUCGAAGAUUAAAGCACUUUGACUGUAAAGACAAGCAGGCGCUUCUGAACCAAGCCAGGGAGGACUUCGACCAGGCCAUCGGCUGGUGCGUCUCCCUCAUCACCGACUACAGGGUCCGCUUAGGUCUACACACUGCUGUCUCCCCUGCACUCCCUGCAGGCUGCGGGUCUUUUGCCGGCUCUUUCCUGGAAUACUAUGCAGCUGAUAUAAGCUAUCCUGUCCGAAAAUCCAUCCAGCAGGACGUCCUAGGGACCAGGUUUCCUCAGCUGAGCAAGGGGAGCCCCGAGGAGCCGGUGCGGGGAAGCCCACUGGGGCAGAGGCAGCCCUGCCGGAAAGUGCUCCCUGACCGCUCUCGGGCUGCCCGGGACCGGGCCAACCAGAAGCUGGUGGAGUACAUCGUGAAGGCCAAGGGCGCAGAGAGCCACCUGCGGGCCAUCCUGAAGAGCAGGAAGCCAUCGCGCUGGCUGCAGACCUUCCUGAGCUCCAGCCAGUACGUGACCUGCGUGGAGACCUACCUGGAGGACGAGGGACAGCUGGACCUGGUGGUGAAGUACCUGCAGGGCGUCUACCAGGAGGUGGGCGCCAAGGUGCUCCGGCGCAGCAACGGCGACCGGAUCCGCUUCAUUCUGGACGUGCUUCUGCCCGAGGCCAUCAUCUGUGCGAUCUCUGCGGUGGACGAGGUGGACUACAAGACGGCCGAGGAGAAGUACAUCAAGGGGCCUUCCCUGAGCCACAGGGAAAAAGAAAUAUUUGACAACCAGCUCCUUGAACAGCGGAGCCGGCGAUGAUGGAGCAGCUGGCUGCGCGGCAGCGGGAGCCUGGUGGAGGGAGCGCCUCUGAAGAUGGGGGACUCGGGGGGCAUGUUCGCUUUUGGAGCCGUCCGUGUUCCUCUGCGAGGCAGGCCUGAUUUCCACACUUCCAGAGACUCCGUUUCGUCAACAUGGAAAGCUGGUUUUCUCUGGCAACUUUUUUCAUUGUAUUUUUGGCCUUUUUUUUCCAAGAUACAGUUCCGGAAAGGUUUGGAGAGGACGGAAGCGUGUUCACUGUGCGUCAGUGCCUGUGGCUGUGCGGCAGGUCCCCUGACGUGCCUGUCUGUGUCUUGUGUGCUGUAUCAUAUUAAACGGAAGGUUUUCAGCUGUG